CUGUUCAUGGAAUCGGUAUGCAAUGGCACAUACGAGUAUCAAAAAACGUCAAGUUUGCUGAUCAACAUUAUCAAAAUGCCCAACGAUUAAUUGACAAUAGUUUCGAAUUUAUGGUCACUGAACUUGAUGUAGCUAUUCCAAUCAAUGAUGGAAAUCCUCGAGAUCCUAAUGACGUGGAAAAGCAGGGUCUUCUGUAUCGAUCUAUCUUAAAAUAUGUGUUACACUUUUCUCCAAAAUGUCGUGCUUUGAUUACAUGGGGUUUUACUGAUCGAUAUAGUUGGGUUCCAGCUUUUUAUAAUGGUACUGAAGGAGCUGCCUUACCUAUUGACUGGAACUAUCAACCCAAAUUAGCUUAUUGGCAAAUGCAAGAAGAAUUAGCUCGUGUUCUACCCAAUGGGAACUAUCGUCUCUCGCCAGAAUCCCAACCAAACAAAUGUCUUGGAGUUUAUGACAACAAUAUUACCAGUAGUGUUAUUCAGCUCUACGAUGACGGUUGCAAUACUCCAAAUAAAAAAUGGACGAUUACUUGGUUAGAUCAUGGAACUUAUCGGUUAUCACCAGUUAGUACUAGUGUUCACGCUCUUAGUACCUAUAAUACAACAGCGUCUAUUGGUGCAGUGAAAAUAAACAAUUGGUUAUUUGAUAUCAAUCAGGAAUGGGUAUUUUCAUCAUACGGAAAAAACUUAUUCCGUAUCAGACCACGCUCUGCCUGGUGGCGAGCACUAUCCGUGUAUGGCACGACCAAUGUCGGUAUCAUCGAUUUUAUUAGCGGAGACAAUAAACGAUGGACUGUAACUAGUAUUUAA